AUGCGGAAAGCCAAAAUCACGAAGCUCGUGCUCAAAUGCGCCUGUGGCGGUUUGAAGCAGGAGAUUAAGUGUGGGGCCUCUAAAGCUAGCCCUGGCGGCAACAAGAAGGAGCUUAAGUGUACUGAUGCGUGCCGAAGCCGUCGUAUGGCCUUUGCGCUUGACAUUGAUCCUGACCGUGAUGCGGCGCAGCCGUAUUCUGAGGAAACCCUCUUCUUCUACAGCAGGGACAAGAAGUUUGCAGGCACUGUUGAAGCUAAAUACAGGGCAUUUGCGGAAGGAAGUACCAAGCGUCUUGCUUUCCAGCCCAUGAAGAGCACCCAGCGCGCUUUCCUCCACACCCUUGCUCAGGACUUUGGGCUCGAGUCCGAGUCCCAAGACCCAGAGCCGUACCGCAGCGUAGUCCUCACCAAGGGCUCCAACUUUGUCGCCGCACCCCGAAAAACAAUCGCCGAGUUCCUGUCCAGCAAGCCCACCGCUAUGCCCAGCACCAUGCCCGCCUCCUUGCUGCAGCAGCUCAAAAAGCCGCCAAAGCAAGCCUUCAACGCCCUCCUCCUCAAGGGGAUCCGCGUCGGCCUGCUCACCUCAGAGCUCGAGAAGGAGCUCGAAUACGUCCUGAAGGACUCGCAGCUGCGCUUUGGCCUGACGUGGUCCGGCGACGAGGAGGUCCUGCUCCUGCCGAAGACGAGUAGCCUGGCCACGGAGCAGAUCGAGAUCGAGCUCACGGAGAUCAGCCCGAGGCUGAAGCGCCUCAUUGCGCAGCGCGGCAUCGCGGAUAGUGCGGAGUUGUGUGCAGUGACGAAGGACGGGGUGGUGGUGGGCGGCCAGGGGAAUCAGUGGUCGACGGUGGCGUCGAAUAAGGGUGUGCCGCCGGCGAGAUUGGUGGCGACGGGGGUGAGCACGAGGAAUGUGUUUAAUAUGUUGGGAUCGAGUGGUGGUGGGGAGCCGUCGGCGGCGGCGGGGGCCGCGGCGGGGAGCUGGUUGAAGGAGAAGGGGAGUGGGGAGGGGUUGAGGAGGAAGUUGGUGUUGCAGAAGAAGGCGGAGAAGGCGAAGGAGAAGGCGAAGGAGGAGGAGGUUGUUGAUGAUUGGGAGACUGCUGCGGCGGCUGAUGAGGAGGUUGUUGGGUAG